UUGUUUGACUUGGAUAGUAAUUUCAACCUAUCAGAACGCUUGUCUCACGUUCAGUAUAUAAGUUUCUCUUAACAAUGUGCCGCGGGCAAUAAAUUAUGGUUUACAACGUAUGAAAUUAGAUUGAACGGACUCGGAAGCGUGAUUUUUCCUCCAUGUUUUCUCUUCAAAAUGCUCGCUAGUGUCUGGUAGUGUUUUUGCUUAUGUGUAGAAAUGCUAGAAAAUAUUGUUUCUAAGUGAAUAUAAAGUAUAUAUUAUAGUCAAGUCAUGAAUUUUGAAUAUUUAUAUGCGACUUUGUUCCUUUUAUGGUUUUGCGAAAUAUCUUCAGCAGAAUUGAAUGACGGACAUUACAGCGAAGAAGAUGAUGCGAAAGUUCUCCCGAUAGUUCUACCUAUAGUAUUAAUCGUCUUGUUGGCUUGUGUUGUUGGGUGCUGCUGGCAAGGAAAGAAGUGUCCUUGUAAUAAAAAUAAUAAAGAUUUGAAAAAGAAACGACAAGAAAUGGCGAAGGAAAAGGAUGAAAACGCAGCUGCAGAUCGUAAGUUUGCCGAAAACGAGAAGAAGAAGAGAGUUUCAUCACCGGUAAGAGACAGACCCCCGGGAAAAACAGUUACACAUUUCAAUCAGCAUCUUCCUCCCGCGUACUCUGCUUAUCAAAAAAAAAGUAAUCUACCGGGGCAUAAAUCGUCAGUAAAAUCCGAUCAUGUGACUGUAACUUCGGAAGUGACUUCACAUAAGAAACAAUCACACCAUUCAACACGUUCACAGGAGACAAGUGGUUAUGAUGCUACGGAAUAUCAUACAGGCGGUAGACGAAUUGAUGAAAAACACAGAGUAAUAGAUGGUAGAUCACAUAAAUCAAGCAGAGACGGAUCAAGAAGCAACGGGCGAGUGAAUGAAGGCUACAGAAAUUCAUACGAAUAUCAUAAUACAACCAGUAAUGGAUCAAAUCCUCACCCACAUCAAGAUUAUCAUAGCCACAGUCACCGACAUGCUAGAUAUUAAUAAGUACUUAUAUGAAGAUUGCCGGCAUAUACAGGAUUUUAUUUGCCUUCGACAACGACAUGGUUUGCAAAAGCAAUCAUCGCUAGCUUAUUUAACCAGAUAUAUGACGGAUUUUAGACGUUAUUGGCCUGUUGUGCGUUAACGUGACUUCAGUGUAUCGCGUGUAUUAUUAGUUCACGAUAGUUUCUUUGUAGGUAAACUGACUUUACAGCGGCCCUGUUUAUGGGAUCUGAUUUUCUCGUUUACCUUCAAUGCCAUAGAAAAUUUAGCACACACUAGGAAAGACAAAACUUUUGCAUUGAUAUAAUUAAGAAAUUACUGCAAAGCUAAACAUACAAGAGUAUAGGAUAAAAUACAGUAUCUAAUGGUCCCAAACCUGACCACUAAUCAUGCUUGUUCCCGUAGCUUGAUGCUAUUUAUUAUUAUCAUUUUUUUAAUGUAUCCACGUUAUAUUAAAAUCGUUUUUAUGCCUUUACAAAAAUAGUUUUAUGUUAUAAACCAAGGUGUAUAUAAAUAGCAUCGUCUUAAAAGUUUCAAUUUGUAUUCUACCGAGACUGGGCUGGCAUUUGAAAUAAACAAUCUCAACAAAAAGUAAAAAAACAUGUAUAUUUCAUCUAAGUAGCCUAGCUUAGGCUGACUAUAAGACAUUUGCUUUUAAGUCAUACAUGACGCGUUGAUUCAUAGCGGCUUUAUCUUCCAUUUUCGAUUUAUUGGUCUCUAUUUUUGCCUUACUUUUUUCUUAUGAUGGUUAUUUUGUUUCUGUCACCUUUUUGAAAUAUGGUGAAAAUACUACAAAUUAAAUUUUCAUUAUGUA